AUGGCUCGCCCGUCCAAGAAGCAGCUCGCUGAGGCCGCGAAGGCCGACGCGCCAAAGGUCAUUGAUGUCGAGAACUUCAUUCGCGUCCGCGAUUCGGUAUACGCUCGUCUGUCCACUAUCCAGGAACUCCUGAAGAACUUCUCUGGCGAGUACCUCCGCCAGACAAACCUCCUGCUGGGUGAGGGAGCCGGCGUGGACGGCGUCGGCGAGCUCAUUGGCUUUGAUACGGGCCUGCUGCCCCCUGUCGGCACUGUCUUGCCGCCUGUUGCGGUUGCCGUCGCCCCGGCUGCCGACGAGAAGAAGGAGCGCAAGAAGCGCACCCACGACCCCAAUGCUCCCAAGCGUCCCCUGACGCCGUACUUCCUGUACAUGCAGACUGCCCGUCCUAUCAUUGCCAAUGAUCUGGGCCCCGAGGCGCCCAAGGGUGCUGUUCAAGAGGAGGGCCAGCGCCGCUGGAGCACCAUGAACGCCCAUGACAAGGGUGGCUGGGACCGCGCUUACCAAUACAACCUGCGCCUGUACAACGCUCGCGUGCACUCGUACAAGUCGGGCAACGCCAACGCUCGUCUGAUGUCGGACGAGGAGGCGCUCCGUUACGCCGACGAGUUCCACAUCCCCAUGCCCACGAGCAAGGAGGCGGACACUGGCAACGACCAGGACGCCAUUGCCGAGCAGCUGCAGCAGGGCGCCGCCGACGACUCGGCCAAGACCCCCAAGUCUGCCAAGAAGGACAACCGGAAGCGUAAGACCGCUACGCCGGGCGCUGAGGCCGAGCCGGUCAAGGGAGCCGCCCCUGCCAGCCCCGACAAGAAGCGCAAGCGGACAUCAAAGGUAACUAGAGCAUGA